AUGAAUUCACUGUGGUCCCGUCUCAACAUCCUAUCGGCUGAUUCUCCAAAACAGUCUUGCCGUAGUGUGCAAAACACUAUUCCCCAACCAACCAAUGCUUGUGAAAAUGCACCACAUCUUGCCGAAGCAAGCAUGAAUCCAGAAAGUUCAAAUCAGGAAAACAUAUAUACUGAUAUGUAUACAUCCAGCCCAAUCAGUGCAAUCAGUACAAUCAAUGAUCCAAGAAUCCCUGCUUCACCAAUCUCGUCCCUGAUUGAGGCAGCUAGGAUACUGCAGUCUGGAAAGCAAUGCGACUCUACAGUAUCAACCAUAUAUACUGCAGAGUCCAUUGCACCAGAUUCAGCAGUGACUGGCCAUUCAUCAGGACCCGUUGAGCAUUAUACCGAUGCUCAAGCAUCUAUGCUGUCAUACAGCUAUGCUAAACGGGUUUUGGCGUGUGACAAACCGCCUUUUGAAACUCGGUAUAAAGCUGACCAGAUGCAGUACACAAGCAGUAAGCUUCCUGGAAAAGCUGAUAGAUCAAAAGUGUGGCAGCCCAUGUCAUCACUGAGUGAUUGUAUCAGUCUCUGUGAUGUUUGCAGUCUCUGCAGUGGUGACUGGACCAAACUCAUGAUUGCUGAAAACAUGGCAAGAUCACCGUAUCAAUCAACCAGUACCGUUUACUCGACCACCCAACGUAUCCGUGACAAAUAUGAGGUGCUCUCGAUUGAUUCAAACAGUGCAUCUGCGUUUGAUGCAACUAGACUGGUAUAUGUAACUGAAUCUGUGUGCAUGCGAUUGAUCAACAGCGAUUUGUCAGUGUACACGCAGACCAACAAUUUGCGUGGUAUCAGUCCAAUCCAAACUACUGGCAGGGCAAUUCGAGGUAAUAUGAACUCGAUUGGAAACGUUGACUUUUUCACAUCGAUGGACGAAAUGCGACAAACAGUCAAAUACCUCACCAUGCAAGUUGUAUCCUUGAAAACUGAUCUGAUCGCUGUGACUAGCGCAUUUGGUCAGUCGCAGAGCCAAACCAAUGACAUUGUUGUCAUGAUGACCAAACACGACAGUGUCAUUCGAUCAUUACUGGGACAGAUCUUGAUCAAACUGGACUCUGGUUGCUCACCAACACAUGCAGUUGUUAUACCAGUUGUGGUAUUCGAAACCAUUUCCACGACUGUAAACAUCACCGCAACAGUGACUGUGUUUUGUCCACAAAGUCAAUCCAAGUUGUUCAUAUGCGACAACAGCACGUUGCACACACACGCAGACUGUCGAUACGAAAUGUCAAGCAACAAUCGACUUAUUCCGUAA